GAUCACUAACUUAAGGCAUAUUAUCCAACCUAUUUGUGAUAAUCUUUAACAUAUUAAUUCCUCUCUGAUCAAUCGCCCACCAUGUCUGAAACCAGAGCAUCAAUAGUAACCACCACUCUUGUAUAUUUGAGCAGCACUGUUUUCAUCUCCCUCCUAAUUACUUCCCCUCAUCAUCUGCAAAUCCAUGCAGAAGCCGCCGCCACCGCAGCCAAUGCACCGUCUCCGUCGUCCACGACAGUACCCUGGCCAAUAGACAUCAUGACCAUUCUUGGAAAGGCAGGUGACUUCAGCAUCUUCAUCAAGUUCCUGGACACAACCGGCCAUAUGGGCACUCAGAUCAACACCCAAAUCAUCACGUCCACUCAAGGCCUCACCGUGCUCGCCCCCACCGACGCCGCUUUCGCCGCCCUCCCCUCCGGCGCCCUCAACAAACUCUCCGUCCAGCAAAAGGUCCAGCUCAUCCAGUACCACGUUCUCCCCAAGUUCUACUCGCUGGACGAUCUUGAAACCGCCACGAACCCCGUGGUGACUCAGUCCAGUGGAUCGGAAGGCGAGCAUUUCUGGCUCAACUUCACCGGCGGUCUUAACGAUCAAGUCAACGUCAGCUCCGGGGUGGUGGAGACCCAGGUUUCUAAUGCUCUGAGAAAAAAGUUCCCUCUGGCAGUUUACGAAGUUGGUAAGGUCUUGCUUCCUUUGGAGUUCACAAAGGCCCAUCGUCCUCAUUGGGCCACCGCACCUCCGGGAAAGAAAAGCGGCCGUGGUGCUAGGAACCAUAAAAAUGCGGCGGCGGCUCCCAAACAGCCCUUUUCGGAAGAUGAACCAUCUCCUGCCAAUGGCGCUGCUGGAAGGCUCAGCCAGCUGCAGCUGGUUUUUGGUUUGGCUUUUGGGGUUGGUGUUCCUUACUUCUGCAUGGCUUUACUUUAAUUUCUUUUUAUUGAAGAGUACGUUCAGCAUUUAUUUAACUAAUGUAAUAGCAAUACUCCGUAUUAAUUAAUACUGCGUAAUACUACGUAUUUAUACAUGUAACUAUACGCAUUAUUUUUAAUACACACACUCUGUACUCCAUAUUAAUUACAUUUUCACUUUUUUUAUAUCAUGGAUAUAGAGUAAUUAUG